GUGUUAUCGGAGAUCACCGAAGGAAUGCACGGCAGUGAAGAGGAAGGAGAAGAGGAGGAGGCUGGAAAUGAGGGGCACGAGGAGGAGGCGCAGCUAGCAGCGGCAGCAGUUGCAACGGAAGAGGAGGACGAGGGCGAAGAAGCGCAGGACGCAGCCAUGGCCGAUGCAGCGGAUGCUGCGGCAGCUGAGAACACUUAUGAGCGCGAGGAGAUGGCAGGAGAGGAUAGAGCGCGAUUCGGGCAUGCUGCUGCAGUGGAGGCGGACGAGAUGGAGGAGGAGGAGGAAGAUGAUCCUGAGGAGGAGGACGAGGCAGGCGGCAACGCAGGUCCCGGCCUGGACGCAGCUGCUGUGGUCGCCGAGGGUGCUGCCAUGGAGGUAGACGCGGAGCCCGCUGAGGCUCAAGCUGGCGGCGGGUGGGCCAUGCAGCCGGCAGCUAGGGCGGCGGAGGCAGGAAGGGGCCGCGGGCGAGGUCGUAGCGAAGGCAGUAAAGCCGCCGCCGUACAACAGCCGUUGCCGCCGCCGACGGUUGCUGCUGCCGCUGCUGCGCCGGCAGUCAUGAAUAACGUCGGCGGUACGGGCGUGCAUGCAUUGCCCAUGGGCCCUAUAGGAGUGUUGCGCUUGGAGCCGGGGCAGUUGGCGGAUCUGACGGCGGCGAGAGUACGACACCUACAACGGCGGCGGCAACAACAGCAGGGCGUUGCGGAGGCUGAAGCUGCUGCUGCUGCUAGGCGGUUUGCGAGCUCUUCGCUGCAGGAGGAAGGCGGCGCAGAAGACGGCGGUGGAGGUGGCGGCGCUGGGCCUCCCACCACCACCGGCAGCAGCAGCACUCGUGCGGAGCGGGAGGCGGCUGCUGAGCUGGAGUUGGAGCGGGUGUUCCGCAAGGAGCAAUUCCUGGACAUGAAGGUGGUGGGCCAAUUCAACCUGGGCUUCAUCCUGGCUCGCAGCGGCCGCGACCUCUUCAUUGUGGACCAGCACGCGGCCGCGGAGAAGACCACCUUUGAGCGGCUGCAGCGCACCGUGGUGCUCAGCAGGCAGCAGCUGCUGGCGCCGCGAGGCCUGCCGCAGGGGCUGAUCAUGCCGGUGGACCAGCUGCUCAUAAGGGAGCACAUUGAGGUGUUUCGCCGCAACGGCUUUGACUUUGUGGAGCGCCGGCCGGACGGCCGCAUCGUGCCGCUGCCCGCUGCAGCUGGAGGGGGGACAGCAGCAGGAGCAGCUGGAGGGGCAGCAGGAGCAGCAGGGGCAACGGCAUAUGAUGAG